AUGUCUGAUUUACGCUCAUUACCGAAGUUCAGCUUCGGUGAUAUUGAAAAAUAUAUCAGAGACAAUCUUGAUCAAAUUUGUGGUGGUACAGCUGACAAACAUAUGAAGAAUUCGAUGGUGAAUGAAAAAUCUUACGCAUUACAUUCCGAAAAGGGACAUAUUUUGAGAAUCAUUAUCAAAACUGAUGGUUCUACAGCUGAUAUUACGUCGAAUGUUAAACACAGUAUGGCAAAACAAAGCGCAUGUUGCGUUAAAAUUAAUUUUGCCGAUUUAAAUAAACCUGGUUUAUCAAGUGUCAUCGCACAAUGUGACUGUAAAUAUGGGAACUCUGGCUUCUGCAGCCAUGUAUGUUCCAUUUUAUAUCGAUUGGCGUCAUAUCAACUUCGAAAACUUGAUUUUUUGCCUGAUGAAGAUUUUUCCUCAACGAUCGGUGCAUGCUCAUGGAGGGCACCAAAACCAAAUAACAUGGGCAAUAUGUCAGCAACGGAAAUGAAUUGGACUGUCCAUCAUCGAACUUUGAGCAAAUCAACUAUUCCUUCAUCGAACAUUACUUCGAAAGUACCUCUUUAUCAGGCCUGUGCGCCAGAUCUUCGUUCCCCACCUGAAUUAAACAUUUUAAAGCAAUUAAAAAUUAGUUGUGACUCACUUAAUCUUCCAUUUUCUACUCUUCUUGAUCAUGCCAUCGAACAACAACAGCCUCUUACAACAAUCAACACUAAUUUUGGACCGACGUAUUCGAUCAGCUCGUUAGCUAUACAUCAACAUGAACAUACAGAUACAGAGGUUCUUUUUUUUUAUUGCAGACUGUAA